AUGAGGAGGGCCCAGCUUGCGGGCUUGUGGCUCCUCGUGGUGAGGGCUUGGGCAAGAUCGAACUGCAGCCCAGACGAUGGUGAGUGCGAGCUGCCGGAUACGACUGGGUUCGUGCAGGUCACCCACAAAACCAAGGCAAAAGCGAAAGAUGAUGCUGAAUCCCCCCACCCAGACUUCGGGCCCAACGUCAUUGUAUUGGAACCUGGAGAGGCAUCCACGCAAGUCGAGGAACGCCUGCAAAGCUUCUACGAGCAAUGGAUCAGCUGGGACGAAGACGCUCAGUUUGGCGACCAUCGGACGGCCAUACUCCUCAAGCCUGGAGAGCAUCAGGUGGACAUCAAUCUGUGGUACUAUGUUGGUGUCUACGGCCUCGGCAAGAGCCCACUGGAUGUAGUGGCUAGACAUGGUCCUCGCGGGGAGGGACUUAGAGUCGAGCAGCAGCCAGCAAGCUACCCUGGCGGUCCACUGCUGCCGAAUACGAACACUUUUUGGCGCACAAUCGAGAACGUGCACGUGGCCCAGGACAAGCUGGAUUUCUUUGUUUCGCAAGCCGCGCCGCUGAGAUCCGUCAGGGUUGACGGCAACGUGCAUCUGUCCGGCGGAGGGACGGAUUGGACUUCUGGUGGUGCGUUGAUGAACUCCGACAUCAUCGGUGAGCCUGUGACAGGCACACAACAACAGUGGUACACAAGAGGAACCACGAUGAGACCAUACGAUCAUCCUGCAGGCCAGGGAAGCUAUGCGUGCGUUGGAUGCAUAGACCGUGAUAGCGGCCUGCCAUUCUACAAUAGCUUUAACUUCGACGAGCACCGCGCGGAUCAGACCUUUCACAAAGGCUUGACGUACGCAGCCGCUCCCGAGGUUUUUGCUGAGAAGCCCUACAUUUUUUUUGAUGAGGGCACGUACAAACUUCGGAUCCCAGAAGUGCUGAACAAUCAUGCUGGUCCGGACUGGCAGACUGGCUCCACAGUGGAGUUUGACCAGGUCUUCCUGACAAAAGAAGGGACCACUGCAGCAGAAAUCAAUGCUGCGAUUGCUGCAGGAAUGCAUAUUGUCAUCACGCCGGCAGUCUACUAUUUGGAAGAGCCCAUUGUUAUCGACCAUCCCAACACCGUUAUCCUUGGCCUUGGUUUUGCAACUCUCAUUCCGCAGAAGCUGCCCGUAUUUGUCGGCAGAGGCGUUAUCGAGGUUGGCAAUGUGGAUGGUGUUCGUCUUGCAGGAGUCUUUGUGCAGGCCGGGCCCCAGGACUCCUCAGACUUCAGCAAGGCAGUCGGUGCGCUGGUCAGGUGGGGCAAGCCUGAGAAUCCCUACGCGGGAAAGAAAAGCAAUCCCGGCUUCAUCUAUGACUUCAUUGCACGGGUGGGUGGUCCAGAUCAUCAACCGGUAGGAGUCGCGAAUAUGCUGGAGAUCAACAAUGGCUGGGUAGUUGGCGACAACCUUUGGCUCUGGAAAGCUGACCAUUGUGUCUCCAACUCAGGUGCACUCUGCAAACCUCAGCGUUAUGUUAAUCACUGCCUGGUGGUCAAUGCCGAGAAUGUACACAUGUACGGCCUCAUGGCAGAGCAUGCAAACGAGGAUGUAUGCGUCUGGAAUGGGGAAUAUGGCAAGACUAUCUUCUACCAAAGCGAGUUCAAGUACACGCUCGGCGAGGCCAGCAAACCUGGGACGUGGCAAGAUGUGCCACACGCAGUGAGCUACCGCGUCAAUGCCAUCAACCACGAGGCUGCGGCAUUUGGAAUCUACGCCGUCGUGCUGGCAGAGGACGUUGACGACGAGGAAACCCCUAUGGCGAAUGUUCAGAUGCAAGGUGGUUUCAGCGCCAUUUCUGUGAGAGAUGUGAGUACUUACAGAUAUGGCUUCAAGGAUGUCUCCGCACUGAAUUGGAACGGGAACUGGCCAGAGCAGUCCAGAAUAAACUGCAAGGCCUGGGUUGGGAGCACAAGAAGCUGCUUGGACGCCGGCGUCGGCGUCCCUAGAUAG